CACUGCAGGCGGCGACUUCAACAGCACCGCUAAAGUUACACGGAGAGGUAAUGUUUAGGACAGUCACCGAGGAAGUGGUGCAGGUUUUACUAUUUACCAGCAGUCAACUAUCAGCAUUGUCAACUAAGAACUGUCAGGAGGGAUAUAUGCGGCUUUAUUUACUGUACCGUCAUUAUGACAAGUAAAAAACAGACCUGUCCGUACUGUUAACAACCUUGGACUUAGCUAACUUGGCUCCUAGCAAAAACAAAGUAUCAUCUUUCCGCUAUUUACGUAUUUUAAAUCUGUUUACUUGUUAUUUAUUAGUGAUAAAGUGUUGUUUAUGUUAGGUUAAGGUUGAUUUAUCUUUAGGUUAGAGUCAAACAGCUUAAAACGGCUGCAGUUUUAGUCAUUUUCACGUUAUUACCGAAUAUAUUAUAAAAUUGAGAGCAGAAAAAGAUUGGACGGACUCUUAUCAAGGAGCUGAAUGGCCUCUGUUGUGGUAGUGAAAACUGAGAAGCGACCUGCAGCUGAUUCUCAGGAUGCAGACUCAAAUGCAAAAAAGCCCAGGAUGUGGGAAGCACCAUGCUUGGAACCAUCAUCACUCAAUCUCUGCCUACCCCAAAGGAAACUGCUGCCCAGCUUGAAGACUAAGCGAGCUCCUGAACUCGUCCUAGUGAUUGGGACAGGGGUCAGCUCUGCAGUGGCCCCUCAGGUCCCCGCGCUCCGCUCCUGGAAAGGCCUCAUCCAGGCUUUGCUUGAUGCAGCCAAUGACUUUGACCUGCUGGAGGAGGAGGAGAGUCGACGUUUCCAGAAGCACAUGCAGGAAGAUAAGAAUUUGGUGCAUGUGGCCCAUGACCUCAUUCAGAAACUUUCCCCGAGAACAGGCAAUGUGCGAUCCACGUUCUUUAAGGAUUGCCUGUAUGAGGUGUUUGAUGAUUUAGAGUGCAAGAUGGAGCACGCAGGGAAACAUCUACUGCGAUCAGUGCUGCAGUUAAUGGAGAGUGGCGCACUGGUUCUCACUACUAACUUUGACAACCUGCUGGAGAUCUACGCUGCUCACCAGGGCACCAAACUGGAGUCUUUGGACCUGACAGAUGAGAAAAAGGUGUUGGAGUGGGCUCAGGAGAAACGGAGAUUGAGUGUUUUACAUAUCCACGGCGUUUACACCAACCCUAGUGGAAUCGUACUGCACCCUGCUGGUUACCAGAAUGUACUAAGGAACACUGAAGUUAUGCGUGAGAUCCAGAAACUGUAUGAGACCAAAUCAUUUGUAUUCCUCGGCUGCGGGCGUACAGUUGACGACACUACGUUCCAGGCGCUGUUUUUGGAGGCGGUCAAACACAAGUCUGACCUGGAACACUUCAUGCUUGUACGCCGUGAGGAUGUGGGGGAGUUCAAGAAGCUGCGUGACAACAUGCUGGACAAAGGAAUCAAGGUCAUCUCCUAUGGAGACGAAUACGCUGAUCUCCCUGAGUACUUUGAGAGGCUCGCCAAUGAGAUCUGCAACAGAGAUGUUUCUACUAACGGCUGGGGGUCCCCGUCACAAAACGGGGAGGAGCAGCAGAAUGGCUUUAACACACAAAAAAGCCUGCUGCAAGGUUAGGACUGAAUGCUUCUGUUUGACAUCAGGCUGUGGCUGCUUGGAGGAGACAUUUGCAGAAUAACACACUGUGUCCUGUCCUAGGUUGUAUUCUUACUGCAUGCUGGUAGUGAUUCACAGUAUCCAAAUACCUGCUGCUAUUCCCUUAUGCACAGAUACAACUGGCUUUGCAGUAUUGCAUGCUUGACAGUGAGUGGCAUCGUUUGAUUGCGCUUUGUUACUCAAGUAUUCACUCGAGUCCUUCCUUCUCUUUUUGCCACAGACUAUCACUCUUGACAGGCACACAGUUGGAAACACUGUCAGUCAUUUUCUCCCCACAGCUCCAUUGAGAUCAGUCUCCACUACUGGGGAGUUGUAUUUGGGGCCGAUUUCAUUCACUGGAUUUGGGAAUCCAGUAAUAUUAUGGGCCUCUGGAGACCUGAAUGCUGUUGCCAGAAUUUUACAGAUGUCCUUAUUAUCCCUUAUUAGGUCUUGUUUAAAAGGGAAAGUAACGAUCAUCGUCACUACAGGCCUCUGCUUUACUGUUAUUAGCAGUGUCCGAAAAUAAGCCUCAGACACAGCUGUUACACACUGAGGUAUGCACAGAUUUCUCCUGAUGUUUGGAAACCAGAAUAAAAUAAGUUGUUAGUAAAGAUAGAAUAGUGUGUUCUCACUUGAACUUAUCAUCCAUGACUUAAUCCACCGACCGCUGUUGACUGUGUUUAUGAUUCAUUACUCGGACUUGAAUGUUAACAAGCAGAAGCACCUGCAUACUUGUCUUCUAUUAUUCCCCUUUGAAAGAUGCAUUAUGUUUAAGUUAUUAUACACAUUACAUGGUUUUAACUGAAAAUAGUCUUAUUGUUAUACAGUAUGUGAAGUUUGUGUUUGUCAUGCUGAACCCUGAAACCAGGAAAUUGUUAUUUGCACACUACGGGGUGAGUAAUGGGGGAUGGAUGAUUUGUCUACAAAACACACAAUAAUUUUCAUUUUAUCUUCAAAUGUUAAGUUAAAAAUGUCUUUCUUGUCAGUAGCCACUCCUGUGCUAAAAAAAUUAUUUCUUUUUGUAUUUUUAAUACUUACAUGGUAUUUAAGUACUAUUUUCAAAAUAAAACUACUGUUUUCCUA